AGUAACACUGAAAAUUUGGAGAACCCUUUCCUUCUCUGUGAGAUCAAAAGCUCUUUAAUGGAUCCAUGCUUGGAGCAGCCAGAUUCUGGGCUUUGGAAAUGUGUUUUGACCAUGGGAAAGCUAAACUGUCAUGUAGGGUACUCAUCUGUAAUGUCAAUCGCUCUGCUAAUAUGGCAGCUACAACAUUCUCUUCUUUUUACCAGUCGAAAUGAGAUGCCAAGGCCUUGUCCACUUUCUGUUAGAAAUGAUGGUGAGCCAACAAAAUUCAAAUGGAAAGAUUAUUAUGAAUCCUACACUGGUGGAAUGAAGAUGGCUUUACUCAGGGUGAUUCCAGAGGAAAACAUAGAAGUUGGAGUACUCAUAGCUGGUGCUAAUAUCCGUUUAUCAUUGAAGGAAGAAGGUAUACUCGGUGGCAGAGAACAGGAUGUCAAACGUGUUGCUACUCAAGACCUUGUUGAUUUAUUCCUUGGGUUAGAUGUCCAUGGAAUUGAACUUGCUGUUUGGCCAACAUCCGGAGCUGAAUUGGAAGCAGGGGCUGGUGAACCAAGAUUAGAUGGUGUGCGAUUGGGGUGCAGCUGGUUGAAGAGACCUCAACCAGUAGAUAUUCCUAAAGCAGAUCCGAAUGAUAGUUAUAUCUCUAAAGGGAAGAUUGUACUUGAUUCUUGCUUGAAAAUUAACGGUUUAAAUGUUUACUUGGAGGAUUUUGAAAAAACUCUACAGUGUCAAGUAUUUGUAUUACCACAGAUAACCAUCCAGUACUCAUCGUGCAGGGACUCUUUUUACUCAUUCGCAACAACCUUUUCUGCUUUAUCAGUGGCUUUGUCUAUGGUGAUUACGGGGUUCACUGUUUUAUCGUACAUAGAUGAGCUGUCCAUUUUCUUCAAGGUUGUUGAAGAUAUACUUGCUGCAGUGGCAUAUACUUCUACCAGUCCUGCCUUUGAUGGUGGUGUAAAUUUUCAAGAAUUUAUGCACAGAGACCUGGGAUCUACUAAACUGGAAUCUAAUGGAGAUACAUCAUUGUCUGAAGCAAAAAAUGUCUCCUUGAUUCUUAAGAGCACACAAUUUUUCAUGGAUGCGACUGUUGAGUUAAGAUCACUGGAUCUUGUUCUUCAUGACUCAAGGAGAAACCAUAUUAUCGAGAAUUAUAUGAAAGCCUAUGGUAUUUCCAGUUCUAAAAAACUGAACAUGCAUGAUGUGGCUGAAUGUGGCAUUGUGACCAAUUUACAUCAGUCUUGCAUUCGAAUAUCCAGGGAGGAAGGAAAACUGGGAGUGUUCAUUGAAUCGGCAGGAAUCCAGUCUGUUAUUUUUCAAUAUUGGAGUGAACUGGGACAUUAUAGUGAUCUUUCUGAGCUGAAAGAUCUUCUUCAUCAAUCUCCUAACUGUUUAUAUGAAUUUUCCCUUUCCAACUGCUCACUGAAUUUAUGGGCUACCUCUGAUGGGAAUGCCUUAUCUUUGGGGAGAGUCAAAGAUGUACUUGACAGAUCGUCUUCUAAUACUAAAGGUUCUUGUAUAAUGCAGAGUUCUCCAUUGGAACUUGUUAGUGAAAGCUUAAAUGUUCAUUCUUCUGGUUUUCAUCAUAAAGGAAGCAGUCGGUUGAUUACUUCGAAUAUUCAAGCAGCAUCACCAAGUCUUCAAAUACUCAUGACUGUUGAACUUGGUGAGGUUUUUAUGGCAAAAUGUGCUUUGAAGAAAUUUCUUCUUGUAGCACAUAAACCGAAGAAGCUUUUCUCUUCACUUUCUAUUUGUGGAGAAUUCCAUACAAUCUCUUGGAAAAUCCAGGGUGGUCGUGCACUCCUUGAUACGUCGGCGUUGUCUACAUUUGUUUGUUGUUUUACUGUGUACCUUCAGUGCAUCAGGAGUCUCUCUUCAAUGGAGAAAUCAUGGGUGUUCAGUUCAUCAAGGAAGCAGUAUAAAAGAGUUGAACCUGAAAACAGAAUGGGUAGAUUGAGAACUUGUCCUAUACAGGCGCGUGCUGAAGGUAUAAUAUCCCCAGAAUUGUCAUCUGAGACAUGCAAUGUAUCCCCUGAGACCAAAUGGGAGCUGUUGGAGGCUUUUACACUUAAAUAUUCUGAGUUUUAUCUUGUGUUUGUUGCUGCUGAUGAAUCGUCUGGUGGAGUUUGGGAACUUGUAUUAGAAGCUGAUUUUCAUUUGAACCUUGAAUUUGUGAACUUCAGAAGAAAAAUAUUAUUUGAUCUAUCCCGUUUGACGAUCCUUUCCCUGCAUCUUCAUGAAAGUUUUUUGGAUCAAAGAGCGGAGAUUGAAAUCUCUCAUGUUCCGUUUGCUUCAUCUAGUUUUUUAUCUCAUAUUGUGUCUGGUGAUCCUGCUCUAGAAUUUCAUCAUGCACAGAAAACCCCUGAAGUUUUUGAUGAAGCCAGUUCUUCAAGUUCUACUGUUCCACCAAGAGAAUCUUUAGAGGAUAACACUUUAGGCUGUUUGUUUCCUUUGAUUGAUCAUACACAUAAUUGUAUCUUGAAACAUGCAAAAUCUUCCCUUUUGGUUGAGAAGGCAGUGACGAGGGAUGAAGCAGGUCCUCUGUGCUUGAAACAUGAUUGGGUUGGGUGUGGUGCUAUUUCUGGUUUUGAUUUAACAAUCUCUUUGUCUGACAUACAGAUGCUCUUCUCAGUUCUAUCACCCUUAUCGGGGGUUUUCAGUGGGGAGACUGCUGGUGAACUGGAAGAAGGAUGUUGGUCCCAGGACCCAGCAUGGGAAAAUGAUUUUGGAGAUACAAUUCCUGAUGGAGCAAUUGUUGCAAUCCAAGAUGUCCACCAGCAUAUGUAUCUUGCAGUUGAAUCUGUGGUAAACAAGUACCAGUUAGUUGGUGUUCUCCAUUAUUCUCUUGUUGGAGAAAGGGCUAUUUUCAGGGUUAAGUAUUGUAAACAAAAGACAUGGUUCUCCUUGAUAUCAAUGCAUGCUAAAAGUGAUUCAGGGGAACCAUUACGAUUGAACUGUCGUCCAGGAUCAGGUUUUGUUGAAAUCUCAAGCUCUAGCGAUAAUGGAGCACUUUGGAGAAUACUUACUUAUAAUCCUGAGAGCUGCGAGGGUGAUAAUGACCUAGAGCCUUACAAUCAACAGGCUAAAAAUACUUUUCAACUUGUGAACAAGAAGAGUAAUUGUGCUGUGGCUUUUGUUGAUGGGGUUCCAGAGUUUGUAAGGAAGCCUGGACAUCCAAUCAAAAUGAAGGUGUUCAGUUAUUUUUCUUCUGCACAUGAAGUUGUAGGCCUGAAUAUGGACUCUGCUGGGGCUUCAGAAACCGACUUGCUGGACUCACUUGUGGUCAAAGAUCAAGCUUCUAGUUAUGCUGGCACUCUCCAACAUAUAGAUAUUACCAUUGACAAGGUUACUCUGACAGUUGUUCAUGAACUUUCAGAUGCAAAUGAUAGGUUUCCACUCAUUCAGUGCUGCAUCGAUAAUAUUCAAUUAAUUGUACAAAUUUUAUCUUCUAAAUUCAGACUUAUAUGCACACUUGCCGCAGUGGCAUAUUACUUUGAUGCCCAAAGAAACUCAUGGAGAGAAAUCGUUCACCCUGUUGACACAUGUAUUUACUACCGCUCAAGAUUUGCAUUACAGGGUUCAGAAACUGUUUCCAGUGGAGUUCCUGUACAUUUCUAUUUCAGAGUGAAACAGGUGGACAUAUCUCUAACGGAGCUUUCAUUGGAUAUAAUUCUCUUUAUGGUUGGAGUGCUGAAAUUGGCUGGUCCAUAUGCUGUGAAAAGCUCAAUGAUUUUUGCUAAUUGCUGCAAGGUAGAAAAUAGAUCUGGCUUAAGCCUUAUUUGUCACUUUUGUGAUAAUCAAGAUGCAAUAAUAGCUGCAAAGCAGUCUGCUUCAAUUUUCUUAAGGUCUGUAGUAUCAAGAAAUCAGCUUCCAGAAAAUAAAUCUUUUAUGGCCAUUGAACUUGCUACGCCUGGCUUGUUUUCAACUGAUCCAAUUCAUGUUUCUCUUUCUAAUGCUCGAGUGCUUGCUUGGAGAACUCGUAUACUAUCAUUGCAAGAUUCAAGAACCUUCCCUGGUCCAUUUGUUGUUGUCGACUUUUCAAAUGAAACUGAGGAUGGUCUCUCCAUUACUGUUUCUCCCCUAUUAAAGAUACGCAAUGAAACUGAAUUUUCUCUGGAAUUACGAUUUCGGCGCCCUCAACAAAAGGAAACUGAAUCUGCUUCUGUUUUGCUGAGGACGGGGGAUACAAUUGACGAUUCUAUGGCAUCAUUUGAUGCGAUCAAAUCAUCUGGCGGAUUAAAGAAGGCAUUGAUUUCAUUAGGCCUUGGUAAUUUUCUCUUUUCUUUUAGACCUGAAAUAAAAGAAUACUCUGGAAAUUCGGGAGAACUGGUUUCAGUAGAUUGGUCUGAAGAUUUGGAAGGUGGAAAGGCUGUUCGUGUCUUUGGAAUAUUUGAUAAAUUAAGCUACAAAUUCAGGAAGGCCUUUGGUGUUGACUCAGUGAAAUAUUCCUUAAGUACAGCACAUUGUUCUCUCAAUUAUGAAGGCGGAGUUUUCACGAAUAUUCAUUUCCUGAUUCAGAGCAUUGGGAGAACAGUACCUGUCAUAAAACCUUUUAAUUUUAGAGAUGUACAAGAACCAGUUGCUUUGCAGGAACAAAAAGAAAUAUUUCUUCUUCCUACAGUUCAGGUCUGCAAUCUCCUACAAACAGAUGUACAUGUGCUUUUAACUGAGAAGCAUCCAGAUCUAUGUAUCGCUGCAGGCAGUGAAAAUAUUGGAAAGCAAGCAACUCUGCGGUGUGGGUCAACUUCUAAUUUGUAUGCAAACCCUGCAGUAAUAUACUUCCGAAUUACUUUAACUGCGUUUAAUUCAAGCUGCAAACCAGUAAACAGUGGUGAUUGGGUUAAGAAGUUGCAGAAGCAGAAAAAUGAUGUUCAUUAUUUGGAUAUAGACUUGGAUUUCAAUGGUGGGAAGUUCUUUGCCUCCCUAAGAUUAUCACGUGGAGAGAGGGGCAUAUUGGAGGCUACUAUUUAUACGCCUUACACGCUGCACAACGGCACUGAUCUUACCCUCUUUUGCUUUCAACCCUUCCAGAAUCGAUUGUCUAGGGAAGGAGUUCUUAAGUUUGGUUUUGAUCUUCCUCCUGAACUUGGAUUGCUUUUGCCCCCAAGAUCAUCCAGAUCAUGGUUCUUCAAUUGUUGAUAUGUCGAAGAAGAAGCAGCAGCUGGCCGUAUAGGACAAUUUCUGUAGCCCAAACGGUCCUUAUGUGUUGUUUUUGCCAGGAGAAGAGAUUAGAAGUGGCAUUGAGUCGAGGGGGACACACAGCAGCAGCAGAUAAAAUCAUUGGAGAAGGGUGUUCUCUCUCCUAUUUUUCAGUCUCGUUUUCUUUCUUUCUUUAUUUCUUCAAUACCAUGGUUGCGUUUGUUGUGCUGUAAAAUAUUUUACAGGAUUUGUUGAAAACCAAUGGCAAAUUGAAUGAGGAUUAGAAAAUGGGGAAAUAUUUUAUUGAAGUACAGUACAGAAAGUUGAUUCAAGAUGUUGUUUCUCAAAAUAAUGCUGGUAUUUUGAUCAUUGGUACUCUAGGCAUCCAUGGAGGACUCCGUACCCACCAUGCAGCUAGAUUUGUCACCUCACUCAAUCAUGUUUAAAUGUGCUUCUUGGUCAUGUCCUGCCAAAAUAAAGCCAAUGACAGAAAUAAAUAAACAAAAUUUAUAAAUAAUUAUUAUUUUCCUGAAAUAUUUUACUGCAAAACAAACAUGGCCUUUGGGUCCAUUCAACUUAUUUUUACAUUACUUUAUUUUCUCUAGUUAUUAGAAGUUUGUAGGCUGAUUAGUAGGGAUUUUGUCCAAGUUGAUACCUAUAUUAACUUGUUAUCAAUUUAAUAAAUGAGCCAGCGUAUUUCAGUCCUUCUCUAUAUUUCAAUCUAGGCUUGAGACUGGGUUUCUGUGUUUGCUUAUUUAAAUUUGCCAUACGGUAAGUCUAUCUUAAAUUUUUCCCGCUUUGUUCUAUUCUUUUGCUUCCUCAAUUGCAUCCGAGUUGUGACAGAGGUGUAGUAUUUAAUUCCUAAAGGUCAAGGUAAGAAACAGGGAUUGUUCCCAUUUAAUAGGUUUACACAUCUGCGAACAACAUGUUCUCUAUGACUCAUCAAUUUGAUCAUGCAUCGGACCUCUCCUGAUGUCGUGACCAGCAAUAUCCCUUUCCCCUCUGGUGGCCCAUGCCGCAGGCACCUCCUCUCUCCCUGACGUUAACCUCGCUCCCCUUCCUGAUGUCCACUCUUCCUGCCCUCCCUCCCUUCAACCUUCUUCCUCUCCUGCACUUCGCCCCUGGACUUCGGUCAUCUCCUCCUCCUCCCCUACGUCGCCUCCACCACUCCUACUGCCAGCCAUACACUCUUUUUUCACCCUCCGGCUACCCGUAACUCCUCCCCCAUUGGCCUAUGUCCGCCUGGCCUUCUAGAUUCAGAGAUUCAGAAAUGGAAGAAUUCUGUAGUAGGCUCUUUUCUGGGAAGCAGACCUCCAUUCUCCACUGGUAAAUCCUCCCUUGAGAAUCAAUGGAAGCUUGUAUGCUCUCUGUCCACGUUCAUGCUCGACAAUAGGACCUUCAUCUUUAACUUUGAUUCUGAAACUGAUAAAGCUUUUGCCAUUGAUGGGGGACCUUGGCAUGUUGGGAAGAAGCCUAUCUUUCUGAGACAAUGGGACGCUUGCACUUCAUUCAACAGAACCGAGCCCCCCUCCAUCCCUUUAUGGGUUGUCUUUCCCAACCUUCCUCUUCAUUACUAGUGUGUGAAGGGUCUCAGCCUGGUUGGCUCCCCCCUCAUUGGCAAGCCCCUGUACUCCGACAAAUGCACUAAAACCAUGGAUAGACUUUCUUUUGCUAGAAUUUGUAUCAAAGUAGAAGCAGACCAUGACCUACCAUCCGCGGUUACAAUCAUGGAUGGAGAUGGCCACUCCUUCAUCCAAGAAGUCAAGUACGAUUUUCUGCCCCCAUCGUGCUCGUUUUGUAAAUGCUUUGGGCAUAAGACUAUGACGUGUGAGAAAUUCCCUCAGCCUGAUCAAGCUCCCACCAUCGAUCAAGCACCCACAGGAGAUCUUAUUCCCAUCGAUAAUCAAGCUCAUAAUAUUGAUCGAUCUUAGCAGGCCAUCUUCACAGAGAAGACCACCAAAAAAUAUAGAAAAAAUAGACUCCAGAAGCCAGAAGGUCCAAACGCUGACCUCUACUUCUGCUCCCCUUUCGACAGAGACAAUGCACUCUCGGACCUCUGGUCCUCUGUCGAUGCCUUAGACCGUUGGUCCUAAUCCAAUCUCGAUUUUGGACAUGUUAGUCCAUGAUGGAACUGUUGACCCGCCUCCCUACUCACACGCCACUGCUACUUCCCAUGUUCUUCCUUGUGAGGGCUCUCCCUCUAGAUCGCCAGUUCGGACUCUCUUUGCCUUUGGAUCCAUCGCUUGACAACCCUAAUCCCAUCCUCUUCUCCCUCUCCCUUCAUCUGUCACCGCUCCUGUGAGAUCUCUACCCACGAAUUCUAACCUUAUCCCUUAAACCCUUAACCCCUCUUUUUCCAACCAGUCGAACCGGCCCAACUCUGAACCCCCCUUUAUUCCCCUGAAUCAAUUUCUCCCGGUUCAAUUGUUAAAUAAAUUCUCUAAAUACCUGUCGGACCAUCCUUUGUACCCAGGAAACCUUUAUAACCCGUCUCAUUCUUUUACCCAUCCUAACCCACUCUACUCUUUGACCGACCCAACUACCAAUACCUAACAUCCCAACCCACUUUCCGACCCACUUAAACCCAUCCUUCCUAACCCGAUGCCCCCUUCCUCUUCACCUGACUCUCUCUCUUUGCCCGAACAUUGCUGGUCACCUCCUUUGCGUGGCGUUGACGUGCACCACCUAUUCUGUCAGUCUCCCCUAGUUCACUCAUUCGUCGUCGAUCGCCACUGCCACGGUUACUCCGCCAUGCUCGACCGCUUCACCACCUCCUUUUGUCCCUGCCUUGGAUAUCUUCCCCUGUGUUGGGGACACUCCAAUCCUCCACUUUACGACUCCGCCGACCUUGGAAAGCCCCUCUGCCACCUGCAUCAACUCGGAUACCAGCUUCUGCCUCUUGCCUUCGGCCUUGGAAGGCCCUACCAAUCCUUCUUCAUUGCUGAUGCCCAACCUUCUGUCGGGUCGAAGAAGCGUCUCUGAUAUCUGCACCAGCUCGGACAUAAGCUCCUCCUUGAUUCUGUUGGCCUCUGAAGGCCAUGCCAUCUCUUCUUCACUAUUGCCCUGCUCCUCAAGGUUCAUUUGAGACACCUCUGAUGGCUUUCGAUCAGGCCAGGACAUCAUUGACGGCAUCCAGACCCUGUCUCUCGAUCAUGAUCCUCUUCGACAAUCGCACAGAACCAAUCAUUUGGAUACUAAUGGAAAACAUAUCAGCAUUGGUUCUCUUGAUCUGUAUAGUUUAUAGCAAGCCCCUCUGGCUGACUUUUUGGAUGAGAUCCUGCCUGUACCACUACCAAACCUUACCCUUAUUCCCACCUCCCUGCCCAUCACCAACACCUUAGCCACCACUACCACCCACAAAAAACAAAGCAAAAAAUCCUCCAUCAAAACUAGAUCCACAUCCUCACCCACUGUCUCCCCUGUCAUUGGUUUUAGUUGUCGACCUCCCUCUACCCAGGGUCCCCCCAUUCCUAAGACCCCUUGCUGCUCGACCAAGCGUUCGAUGCCCACCAGCCCUGGAUUCUAAUGAUUCCAUGGAUUGUUUGGAAUGGUUUUAAUUCCUUGGCCAAACAAGCUGAAAUCAGAUCCCAUAUUCGCUCCUUGAAGUCCAACCUUUGUUGUCUUCUAGAAACCCGUGUUCUGGAAGCCAAUGCCUCCUUAUUGCCCUCUCUUGGUCCUUUGCUUCUAACUAUCUCCACAGCUCUAAUGGGAGAAUUUGGAUUUUUUGGAACCCCUCCUAUCUGACUAUCUCCACUUAAUCCUUCUGUACCCAAGCCAUCCACAUUUCUAUCUCCCAUUAUUCUGGUCCCUUCAUUUACUUUCUCUCAAUCAUUUAUGCUUAUAAUGAGCCGCUCUUAGGCUCCCCCUUUGGUCUGAUCUGCUUUCUUUUGCCCCCCUCACGGGAUCCAAGCCCUGGGCAUUGCGGGAGACUUCAAUGUUACCCACUUCAGUCAUGGGAACCAAGUUCACUUGGCAUAACAGAAGAUCGGACAAUCUUCGGGUGGCUUGUAAGCUUGAUAGGGCCCUUGUCAAUGAAGCUUGGCUUGACUGCUAUCCAUCUUCACAUGCCAGCUUUGGUCUUCCUCGGAUUUCAGACCAUAGUCCCAUCUCCAUCCAUGUUUUCCCUUCCGCUCCUUUGGUCCUAAGCCUUUCAAGUUCUUCGACAUGUGGAUCUCCCACCCGGAUUUCCAAUCUGUAGUCCACAAUGCUUGGAACAUUCCUACUCCCCGCUCCCUUUCCCCUCCCUUGGCCUUCGCCAAAAGAUCAAGAAUGUGAAAGCUACCCUAAAGCUUUAGAAUUCCUUUACAUUUGGGAACAUCUCCUCUCGGUCUCGGGUAGCGUCCUGUCGUGACACUCCACUCCAUUCAAUCUAGGCUCCAGCUUGAUCUCCUCAACCCUAUCCUGGGCCCUCGCUAAGGAGAAAGCUGAUGCUUUUGCUUUUUCUUUGACUCUGGCCCAAGAAGAAAGCCUCCUCCGUCAAAAAGCUUGUACCAAAUGGCUUGCUCUGGGCGACUCUUAUUCUGUCUAUUUCCACUGCUCCCUCAAAGCCAGGAAUAAUGCCAAUACCAUUCCUAAGCUUAUCUUCUCUGGGAUUGAGCUUCAUUCCCCUGACCUCAUUAAGUCGGAAGUCAUCUCUCACUUUCAGAGGCUCUUUUGCCCUCCCCCUACUCCUCCCUCCAUCCCCCCAACCUCCUCAAUAAGUUUGUCCCAGAUGAGAUCCUCCCUUUCCUUCAAUCCAUUCCCAAUGAGGAGGAAAUCCUUUCGGCCAUUCUUUCCCAUAAGGCCAACAAAGCCCCGGGUCCUGAUGGCUUCAGUAUGAGAUUCUUCUCCGCUUGUUGGAACAUCAUUUGUAACGACCUCAUUCUUACGGUGUGUAGUUUCUUUAACCCUAAUCAAAUUAGUGGGAUCAAGCACACAGUCCACACUUUCCUUUGCCUCAUUCCUAAAAAGGAAGGUGUGGUUUCCAUGAAUGACUUCAGAGCCAUUUCUCUUUGCAAUCUCCUUUACAAGUUCGUUGCCAAAAUCCUUGCCAAUAGGAUCCAAAAAGUCAGACUUCCUUGUUAGUCCCAACCAAUCCGCUUUUAUUGCUGGUAGGAGCAUUUCGGAUAACAUUAUCCUCUGCGACGAGAUUGUUCGUAGUUUUGACCACAAGUCUCACUCUCCGGCUGCCCUCCUCAAGAUUGACAUCCAUAAAGCGUUUGACAUGAUUAGUUGGGACUUCAUAUCAAAUGUCCUUCCCGGCCUCUUUCGUUCAUUGGAUCCACACUUGCAUCUCCUCCCCCCCAUUCUCUGUCCUUGUGAAUGGUAGUUCAGCUGGAUAUUUUCCUUUUGGCCGUGGUAUCAGUCAAGGCUGCCCCCUUUCCCCUCUUCUCUUUUCCCUCUCCUUAGAAGUCCUAUCCCGCUCUAUUCAGUCUGCUACAGACCUCCAUCUCAUCUCUCCCAUCCCCAAAUGCAAAUCUCUCCUCUCCCAUUUGGCUUUUGCCAAUGACAUUAUGAUCUUCCCAAGGCUAACACUCUCUCCAUCACCACUAUCAUGGACACCCUCCGCUCCUUUGAGUCUCUCUCUGGCCUCAGCAUCAACCUUCUCAAAUCCAAUAUCUUCCUCGUUGGAGUCUCCCCUGAUGUCUAAGCCAACCUUCUAGGAAUCUCAGGUAUUCUGUUGGGUUACUUGCCUGUUAAAUACCUAGGCCUCCCUCUCAUUUCCUCCAGGCUCUCCUCCCACCAUUGUACCCCUUUACUUGAUCAACUCAGGAAUAAGCUCUAGCUCUGGAAAGGUAAACUCCUCUCCUCUGCCGGUCGUCUUACCCUCAUCAGGUCAGUCCUCCAGUCCAUGUACUUUUACUAGUCUGGUACCUUUGUCCUCCUUGUCUCUGUGAUUAAGUCUAUCGAGGGUCUUCUUUGCUCCUUCCUUUGAAAGGGUUCUGAUUCCUCCAAAUUCCUUUGGCCUCUUAUAUGGAGGAAGGUUUACCUUCCCAAAUCCGAGGGAGGUUUAGGAAUCAGAAGAAUUAAGGAUGCCAAUUCAGUGGGUGUCCUUGAGCUCAUCUGAAAAAUUGUGUCCAAGCACGAGAGUAUGUGGGUCGACUGGAUCCUCUUUGGGUUACCUAAGCAUAACUCCCUUUGGACAGGCCCUUCCAUCCCUGAUGCCUCCUGGAUUUGGAGAAAGAUCAUUGAUCACAGGCCCAUAGCCCUCUGCCAUUUCCUGCUCUAUUGGUAAUGGUCAGUUUAUAUUUCUUUGGAAGGACCCCUGGCACCCUUCGGGCGUCCUGUCUCAUCUGAUAUCUCCCAGAGUCAUCUACUUCUCAGGUCUCCCCACUAAUGCUUUUGUCUCCUCUAUCCUUUCUCCCUCGGGCUGGUCCCCCCACCUCCAGUCCUCCUCUCCUCGAUCUCUGUGCCUCCCUGCCCCCUCUUCCCCCUGGUCAUAGAGGAAGAGAAGAUAAAUGUAGCUAGCUCCCUUCCUCCAAUGGGAUCUUCUCCUCUGCCUCUGCUUGGUCCUUCAUUCAUACCUCUUCCUCCGUUGUUCCGUGACAUAAGUUGGUUUGGUUUAAAGGCCAUAUUCCCCGCCAUAGUUUCACUUUAUGGCGAUGCCUGUCCAAAUGCCUCCCUACCCAAUCCUUUCUUAUCCAUCGCCAUAUUCCCGUCAACCCUUCAUGAUGUCUCUUGUCAUGCCCCAUUCACAUAGAACCAGAGCGGUGACCAGGUUCGCUCCGGGUAAGACUGACCAGGAUCAUCUGAUAUAGUAAUCACAGCACAGCAAGCCACAUAUAAUAUGGAAAUAUAAUAAUGUAAUUCAGCGGAAGUCUUGUCAUAUAUGUACCUGUAAAUUUCUCACUUACUCUUGA